GGUUAUGCCAUUGUUUUAGUUACUAGCUAAAUGAGUUUUCUUGUUGUAUUGUUAGCUAAGGUUAGCUAGCUAGGACCCAAACUGUUUUGUUGUCACAGCAUAAUUAGCUAAGCUUCAGCUAUUUCCCUUGCAUUUUGGCAACCUGUGAGCUGUUAACAGAUAUAUUCUGUUUGAAGUAGUGAUGAAGUGAUUGUCUCCUUUUCUGUGAAGAUUGUUUUAAAAAUGGCUUGACUAUCUUCAGAUCAUACAGUCUGAUGAUGUUUGUAGUCUGAGGGUUUUGUAUACAGCGGAAACAUUGCUGUAACUUCAUUUACACCUAGUUGUUCAUCUGAGCUUGCCAUGGAGUUCCCAGGUCAUAGUCAGCAGCUCUUGGCCAGUCUGCGCUCUCAGCGUCUCCAGGGAUUCCUGUGUGACUGCACAGUCAGAGUUGGUCCCACUCGUUUUCUGGCUCACCGUGCCGUACUGGCCUCCUGCUCACCGUUCUUCCACAUGUUCUACUCUGAACACCCAGUAGGCAGCACGUCUACAGUAAACGGAGGACCAGAGACAGACACCGUCACCAUUAAUGGAGAUAUAGUGACCCCUCCAGCGUUCGGGUUGCUCCUCGAUUUCAUGUAUGAGGGAGUGCUGAAGUUGGCAGCACACCCGCCUCCGGAAGACGUUCUCGCUGCGGCCAGUUUCUUGCACAUGAACGACGUGGUGCGAGUCUGUAAGAAAAGACUACAGGGUCGUGGACUGGCUGAGGCCGACAGCACCAGGGCAGAAGACGGAGCAAGUGAAACUGGGGGAGAUGGAACGAUGUUUAGUGGGUCGUCUAGGGAAGGAAAGUCAAAUGGCCGAAGGGAAACGGUGGAAGGUGGUGGACAAGGAGCUGUCAGGGUUUCAGCAUCAAAUCCAGCCUCGUCUCCCUCAAUAACACAGUGUCCCCAGCCAAGCCAGCAGUCGGCAUUUCAUAUUGACACUAAAGCAGAGACAAAUGUGGGAGUACCUAAUUGCAUCACACAUAGCAUUAAUCUGGGAAGUCCAGACAUGGCGGACACUACUCAACCAGGCAUGGACUCUCUUUCAGCAGUAAAUGAUUCUGGACCAGGAUUGUACAGUUCUUCUCCUGGACCUGCUAGAGCUGGGAUGUCAGCAGCUGCUAAUAUGGAGUCUACACUUUCAAGUCCUUGCAGCACCACAGAACCAGUUCAGACAGGAACAGAAACUCAGCCCAGUGCAUCCACUGUUAUGGUUCUGGUUCCUGUGGAACACAGCCGAAAUAGAGACUCCAGUCAAGAAACAUCCGUAUCAAGAGAAAUAAGCAAUGUGUUUACGGUUGCCGCUACUCAUCCUGGUCAAACCAAAAAACCCACGUCGAUUCAACACAACGGACAGAGUAUAAGCAACGAAGUGAGACACGCUGCCAGAGGUUUAAAUGAACCGCCACGGUCACGGUCCUGUUCUCCCACAGCAUUGUCUUCAGCAGGUAGAGAAGAUGGUAGUGAAGAGACAGCAAAAGUGAAGGUGGAGGCCAUUGUAAUCUCCGAUGAAGAGACAGAAGACAUGGAGGAGAUACCUGUUAGGGUCAGAGAGCGAAGGAGAGAUGUUGAUUUAGAAGAAAGGGAGAAUUAUGAGGGGACUAAUGAUGUUGAGAUCACUAAUGCUCACUUCAUACCUUCUCACUCAUUAAUGCAACUCUCACAUAAUCACCAAGAGCCAAUCUCUUUCCCUUUUUCACCACAGGGUCCUGGUGCUUCCUCUUCUGACACGCCCAGCUUCCCCUCUACCCUUUUUACAGCAGCUUCCCAGCAACCAGACCAGCAGACUAUCUACUUUGAGGAAUAUCACGAUUCUCUUGGGAAUUAUGUAGAGGAUGUGCCUACAUGUGCCACUUGUGGAAAGACAUUUUCUUGUGCUUAUACACUGAGGAGGCACGCCAUAGUGCACACACGGGAGCGUCCUUAUGAAUGUCGUUACUGUUACCGGAGUUACACGCAGUCUGGGGACUUGUACAGGCACAUAAGGAAGGCUCAUGAUCACGAUUUGCCAAUGAAGCGUAGCAGAACAGAAUCUGACCCUCCCCCAUCCCCACCCCUUCCUCAGCCACCUCAGACAUAACAAGAUACUCUGCCCAGUAUGACUGAGCAUGUAUCAAAGCUAUUGCAAAGGCUAAAAUCGUACACCUGUUUUUUGUUUGUUUGUUUGUUUUUUGUUUUUUUUAACAGGUUGUGUGAACCAACUUUGCAAAGGACUGUUACUAUUAACCUUUGGUGUCAGAAAGUAAGCAUUCAACAUUGAACUUAACCUGUCACUGGAUAACAUUGUGACCAAAAACAAAACAUUCCAUUCAGGACAUCCGUCACUGUCCUUUUACAUUAUAAUCCUAAUCAUUGUCUAGUUUCUCACCUUAGAUAUAAACAGAAUGAGCUUUUUUAAAAUACAAAUCUUCUUCUACAAAUCUUCUGACAAUAUUGGAACAGCAAGGCCAAUUCUUUUUGUUUUUGCUAUACACUGAGGACUUUUGGGUUUUCAGCUUUCAUUUCCUGAUAUUUAUAUCUAGAUGUGUUAAACAACUUAGAACAAGGUACCUUUUGUUUGAACCCACCCAAGUGAUCAAAAAUACUGGAACAUGUGACUGACAGGUGUUUCCCAGGUGUGCCCUGUUAUAUUGAUUGUUUAAACAAUUAAUAACUCUGAAUGCUUACUCUUGGUUUGAGCUCUGGGUUUUACCUGUGAAGACUGCAUUUGUUGUUAAAAAGGAUAAACCAACAUGAAGACCAGAGAGCUGUCUAUGGGAGAAAAGCAAGACAUUUCUGAAAUGAGAAAAUACAAAUAUUUGGAACUUCCUGAAAAAGAAAGAGCGCACUUGGUCUACUAACAACAGACAUGGAACAGGUCGGCCAAGAAAAAAAACAGCAGUUGAUAACAGAAAUACUGUGCGAACUGUGAAGAAAAACCCAAAAACAACAGUCAGUGACAUCAGCAACAGCCUCCACAGGGCAGGGGUGAAGGUAUCACAAUCCACUGUUUGAAGAAGACUUUGAGAGCAGAAAUAUAGAGGCCAUACCACAAGAUGCAAACCACUCAUCAGCAGUAAGAAUCAGAAGGCCAGUUUGGAAUUCACUAAGAAAUACAGAGAUGAGCCACAAAACUUCUGGAACCAAGAUUAACCUCUACCAAAGUGAUGGAAAGGCCAAAGCGUGGAGAAAGAAAGGAUCUGCUCAUGAUCCAAAACGUACGAGCUCAUCAGUCAAGCACAGUGGAGGUAGUGUCAUGGCUUGGACUUGCAUGGCUGCUUCUGGAAUGGACUCACUAAUCUUUACGGAUGAUGUCACUCAUGAUGGUAGCAGCAGAAUGAAUUCAGAAGUCUACAGAAAUAGUCUGUCUGGCAAUUUAUAGAGAAAUGCAUCCAAUCUAAUUGGGAGGAACUUCAUCAUUCAGCAAGACAAUGAUCCAAAACACACUGCCAGCACAACAAAGGACUCCAUCAGGAGAAAAAAGUGGAAGACCUUAACCCAAUUGAGCAUGCAUUUCACUUCCUUUGAGACUGAAUGGAGAAACCCACCAAAACAAACAACAAGUGAAAGAAGCUGUUUCAAACCCAUAUGUCUUCAGUCUAUAGCAAAGAAUUAGCCUUGCUGUUCCAGUCCUUUCAGAGGGAAUUGUAGGAUUAACGCUUAGGAACACGUAAUUAAUUACUAAUUCAGCUAGCAUCUUACCUGUGCUGCGUCAAGUAAUGAUAGCUCACUAAAUUUGACCAUCAGAACAUGCAGCAAUCUACAAACACAAAUAUGAAUUUCAAAUGAAAAUAAAGAACAUAGCUAUGAGGGAUGCAGUUAACUUUUACGUUACAGAGACUGUUCUGUCCUCUGUUUUUUAAAACUCCUAAAUUCCCUUCAUUGAGAACAAUAUUUGGGGCAAACAGUGUACCUCUGUCUGUUAUCUGGAUGGGACAAAGCUUUUAUUUUGGCACCAAAUCCGUCUACCUAGACAGCCUGCGCUCUCAUGGAAGGAGUAGAUACACCUAUGUUAAUACAAUGAUUGUUGAAUAUCACUGUAUAUCAUUCAUCAUUCAUUCUGUCAUCUUCAGUAACCACUUCAUCCUGGUAAGUGUAGUGGUGGAUCCGGAUCCUAUCCUGGGAAUACAGGGCGAAAGGUGGGAACAAACCCUAGACAGGGUGCCAGGCCAUCGCAGACCUCAUCUUAUAUCAAAUAAAUUACGGGCUUGUGCCAAGUCUGCGUGUCUAAUGCAAAACACAUGCAAAGUGUCUCAUCCACCCACUCAGUGCUUUUUUUGUUUGUAUGUUUGUUUUGUACACAGUUGUCUUAAAUGAGACAAUAACGCAAAAGGUACAGUACAGCAGUUAAAUGCUUGCAUUACUUCUGGUUUUAUAUCUUUAUUGUGAAAGCAUGAUCAACGAUUUUAAUAUUCUUAAUUAUGAAUAAUGAUUUUUUUUUGCACAAAGUGUGGUAAAUAUGCAUACUGUAUUUGUCACAAACUUGUAGCAUUGUUUGAUGCGGGUCUCCGCUAUUGCAGUACCAGAAUCUGGGCGUGCUGGAAAGUUCCAGUUGAGGAAUGGCCUCUAAAGAAGCUACACACAAGAAGGUAGAAUACACAUUUCAUCUAACAAAUGGUACCAGCAAUUUAUUGAUAUUUGAUCAACUUUAUUAAUCAGUGUGAACCCAGGUCAUGUAUUUAUUUCCUAAUGCAAAAAGACCAAACAGAAAGUGUAAUCAUACAGGCUCCUUCACCUGCAAGGGCAAGUCUGAAUCCAGUACGUACCUAACCACAACAUGAUAAAGCAAUAUAGAUACGGCUUUCAACCUAAGGCGCAAGUUCUUGCAAAAUCACAUUAGCUUUAUGUUUCUUUUUUCUAGUAAUUUUCCUCAGUAUGUCCAGUCAUACAUUUUAUCUCCAUUGCCCCUUAAUUUUUUUGUAAUCAUUCAUGUGAUGAAAUAAUACAUCAGCACCUCCAAGACCAAAGUAUCUUGGCCCCAAUAUUUUUUCUUCAUGCAUGAUGAAGAGUACAUAGGCUGCUCCUAAUGGUUUCAGGUUAAUCAUUUCCACAGUCUCUGCAAACAAAUCCCCAACAGCAUGUCUCCCAUACAGCUCUUUUGAUAAAUUCAAAGGUUUUUAAAUAUGUUUCAUGCAGUAGUCUGUUCUGAAAUGUGGCGUAGUUUUGUAGUUAUUCAGAUCCAAACCUGGGUCCUCAUUUUAAUUUUGUCUAAUCCAGUAGAUUUUCACAAAAUUCAUCUGAUCUAUGAUGUAAAAGUUUUCAUCUCAAUAUGUAAAACAGCUCAAUAUUGUGAAUAAACCUUUUAGUAAUUGC